UGGUCUCUUGAGGAGCCCGGGAAGGAGGCUCGGCUCGCGUUGCCGGGACCGGGCUGCGGCAAUCGUUAACGGGCCAUGUCGGCUGCCCAGGGCUGGGACCGAAAUCGCCGGCGGGGAGGAGGCGCGGCCGGCGGGGCCGGCGGGGCUAGCGGGGCCGGCGCGGCCGGCGGGGGUCGGGGCACCGGCCAGCUCAACCGAUUCGUGCAGCUCUCCGGACGGCCGCACCUGCCAGGUAAGAAGAAAAUACGAUGGGACCCAGUUAGGAGACGCUUCAUUCAGUCCUGUCCCAUCAUAAGGAUCCCUAACAGGUUCUUGAGAGGCCACAGACCUCCCCCAGCACGCAGUGGACAUCGUUGUGUGGCAGAUAAUACCAAUCUCUAUGUGUUUGGAGGGUAUAACCCAGACUAUGAUGAAUCAGGAGGGCCGGAUAAUGAAGACUAUCCUCUCUUCAGGGAGCUUUGGAGGUAUCAUUUUGCAACAGGCGUGUGGCACCAGAUGGGCACAGAUGGCUACAUGCCCCGGGAAUUGGCAUCUAUGUCACUUGUGCUGCAUGGAAACAAUCUGUUAGUGUUUGGCGGUACAGGCAUCCCAUUUGGGGAGAGCAACGGCAAUGACGUCCACGUCUGUAACGUGAAGUACAAGAGAUGGGCGCUACUCAGCUGUCGGGGGAAGAGACCCAGCCGCAUAUAUGGACAGGCCAUGGCCCUCAUCAAUGGUUCCCUUUAUGUCUUUGGGGGAACAACUGGCUACAUCUACAGCACAGACCUGCACAAGUUAGAUCUCAAUACCAUGGUGUGGACACAACUCAAACCAAACAACUUGUCCUGUGAUCUGCCGGAGGAAAGGUACAGACAUGAAAUUGCUCAUGAUGGGCAGAGGAUUUACAUCUUGGGAGGAGGGACUUCCUGGACAGCCUAUUCCUUAAACAAGAUCCACGCAUACAACCUUGAAACAAAUGCAUGGGAGGAGAUCGCAACAAAACCUCAUGAAAAAAUAGGUUUUCCUGCAGCCCGAAGAUGUCACAGUUGUGUUCAAAUAAAAAAUGAUGUUUUCAUUUGUGGGGGCUAUAAUGGAGAAGUGAUCCUGGGAGACAUCUGGAAGCUGAAUCUGCAGACUUUUCAGUGGGUGAAGCUCCCUGCUACCAUGCCAGAGCCUGUUUACUUCCACUGUGCAGCUGUCACUCCCGCUGGUUGCAUGUACAUUCACGGAGGAGUCGUGAACAUCCAUGAAAACAAACGGACUGGGUCAUUGUUUAAGAUCUGGCUGGUGGUACCCAGCCUGCUGGAACUGGCAUGGGAGAAGCUGCUCGCGGCCUUCCCCAACCUAGCAAACCUCUCCCGAACACAGCUUCUGCACCUUGGACUAACACAGGAACUCAUCGAGCGCUUGAAAUGAGGAUUUCCGGCCUCUUCAUUGAUACUGGAAAUGUUAAUUUAAAGAGACUCCUUUAUUUAUGGGCAGUGUAGAGUGUGCUACAGAGAGGAUUGGUUCCCCUGAUCAAGGCCUUAUUCAGAAAAUACAUCAGAUGCCUUUCUGUGAAGGUUAAGUCUAUGGACAUCUCACUCUCAUGUGCUUUCUUCUUUGCCCCCCGCCCCAGUGUGCACCCCAUACACGCACCCCUCUCUCUUGACGGAGCCGAGGGAAUAUCUAAAGUACCUUAACGAGGUUAGGAAUCAAGAGAGAGAAAUUGUUUUUUGUUGCUGUUUUUUUUUCAAUUUUAUUUUAUUUUAAAGAAAUUCUAAACAUAUUGAGCAUGUCAGCUUAUACCACAGAUUAAAGCAUUAUCAUCAACAAACACCAAGUUUAAAAAGCCAGCAACCAACAAUGGUCUGGGAGAUAGAACAAGAAGACUGACCUGGAACAUCUUGCAGGUUGUUCUUAAAUUUGGAUGUUGAAUUAGUGUUUCUGUGAUGUGUCUGAGUGGCUGGACUCAGGCAGCAGUGGUUGAUGACUUGGCACAAAGAUAUCUAACCUUGACGAAAGGAGACAGUUCAACAGUAUUUGAUUAGUGAGCCCCUCGACCCUUGUGAUGCCCCAGUGGUUAGCAGCGGCCUGCUGAGAUUUAGCGCUGUCUGUGACUGUCGUGUUCUGUUGUUGUCUUUCAAAUUAAAUGUAUGGCGUCAAGUUCUUUCCAGGCAGUUUUGAACUUCCCCUGCGCUUAUUAAUGGCUUUAAAUAUGUCUUUAGCCCCUUCAUGGGGAAUUGUAGAUUCUAAGUGCGUGGUGUAAAUGUCAAAGGACAGUAGAGUAGAGCAUAGCACCUGCACCCUUCAAACUUUUAGCUUAGCUUCUGCUUGGGGCGAUGGGCUUUGACUAUCAUAGCAGGUAUUUCCUUUUCAGAACUCGUUUCUUUGUAGUCUCUGGACCUUAUUCCUGCAUUUUCUCAGGCAGUUGGUUCUGGAUUCCCUCCUGAGCUUGGUGCCUCUUUUGCUGUCUGCUUCAGUAUACAGGAUGCUGUAAUUGCCUAGUAACUAGAUAAAAGGUCUUAAGGAAGAGGCACAGCUUACCCUUCCUCAAGAAGCAAGUGCCAUUUGAAGACCAUCAGGAGGAAGGAAUGAGACAGGGUCAUUUGCUUUUGUGUGUGUCUAAGAGAUUUUAGUUCUGGUCUGUUUUGUUUCCUUAAAUCUAAGAAGAAAAGAGACUUAAGUUUUACUCAUUUCAUCCUCAGACUGCUAGAAGAGUUGAGGGAGUCACUUGUGUGAGCCUGUGGGUACUCAUAGGUGUAGGCAAUGCUGGAGGCCUGCAGGAGGGCGGACCAGACCUUCCUGCAGGCCCCUUAAGGAGGAGACACAUGCAGGAGAUUUUGAACACAUUUUUCCUUUAAGUGCCUCUUUUUUACCUAGCUUUAACAUUAUUCUUCUUUUUCUUUUAGCCCAGAAGAGAUCUCUGUAGUUUGUGUGGAUUUAAAGUCACUUUGAGUUAAAAUUAAAAAGUUCUGCCCAGUGUGCAGUUCUUGGUAGGUCUUUUGACUUCUCCUUGCAACAGGCCUUAUGCUCCAUCCAUGUGGGUUGUUAUUGGAGCCUUUGCCCACCAUCUGUAAGAAGCACUUAUCUGUGAGUUUGAGUCAUUUCUAAGGAGUAAGGAAAUGGAGCUGCUCUUCUAGGGUUCCCAUCCCCCAAAUCUCGCCAUUCCCUAUUGGUGUGGCUUUGGCUUCUUACCAGCAGAAGUCAGCCUGAGCCACUUUGUGAGUUCAAAACUGUGUGACUCCAGGCCAGAUCUCUGGACCAUGGCAAACUACAUCCCAAGCUAAUAAGCCAUGUUUUCUAGGGUGACAGAAGGGUUUUUGUCAUUGGUUUAUACAGGGACCAAAGACUGAGUGUUCAGCCUCUGCUUUGACUCCUGUGGUCCUUGGAAUACAAGAAGGCCUCUUGUUCUGUUACACAGAAAGUUAGAAAGAGGGGUCCCAUUCAAGCCACACUUGCUGGCUCCUUUUUAAGCCUUUUGUAGGCAGUCUUCUUAGAGAUAGAUGUUAGGCCUGACAUGAACGACCGUGUGUGUCUUCUAAGUACACGUGUGGUCUAGAGUGUCUGGGAAUAGAGCACUAGUGCAAGUGCGGGCAGCUGGGAGUGCUGUGAGCUGCUCAUGUGCACAUGUUCUGGAUGCCAAACUGUAGGUUAGGACUCAGAGGAAGGUGACUGGGUGUCCUCUGAUGGUCACCAGCAUUUUAGUUUCUCUAUAACCAGCACUUACUUGUAUUCCCAACGGCAUCACCUGAGUGGGAAAGGUAACGAUGCCUGCUGCUCCUCUGCCUCUUUUGAGGUAUGCCCCGCCAUCUUCCUGCAGACCCGGAAACGGAAGUGCAAUAUGUAGAAACACGGUCUGCACAGAUUGUGUAGACGCCAUGACUAUAAAGUAGCUACACUACUUUCUGUACCUGUCCUGGGCACGUCAGUUUAUCCCUUUAGAGUAAAAUUAUACCAAGGAUUUUCAGUGUGAUCAUAAACCAACUUCUUGGUAAAGCUGGAUUUUUUCCAAGUCCAUGCUUUCUUAUUCUAGUUCAUAAAAAAAAACUACUGUUCCUUGGUUCGUAAGGGUUGAGAUUUUUUUUCCGUUCCUGUUUGUGCUCUCUCCUAUUUGCCCAGGAAUAAGGAAGUUCACUUGAAAGGGUUGCCCAAGUGAAGAAUUAAAACCUAACACUAGUACAGUUCUUCUACAUGUACAUUAAUUUAUCUGAGAAUAUAAUACCUUAUUAAAUGAUGCUUCCAUCACUAUAAGGUAUUUCCCACUUCACAGAAAAACUGCAAACCAGUAUGUAAUAAUUAAACUUUCCCUGCUUUUCAGGGCAGACAAACCCUUUCCACUGACAGGAGUACUCUUUCAGGGCCUAAUGACUUGAUAUAAAAACUUGCUUUAUAGCAUUCAUGUCUAGCACAGAGCUAGAUUUAAAAACUAUAUAUAUAUAUA